GCUCCCCCACCUCUGUCUCCUCCCCUUCUCGCUCUCUCUUCUGGAUCCCCCUUGAGCUGAGUCAGGCGUUAGCUCUCCCUUCCACAGCAUUGCAGUAGUCAGCCACCCAGCAAGCCCCUUCCUUUCUGAUCAUCUUCCACUCUGCAUCCUUCAGCACCAUGGCCAGCACCCUGUCAGCCUACAAAGAGAAGAUGAAGGAGCUGUCUAUGCUGUCUCUGAUCUGCUCUUGCUUCUACUCCCAGCCCCAUCCCAACACAAUCUACCAGUAUGAAGACAUGGAGGUAAAGCAGCUGAAUAAGAGAGCCUCAGGGCAGAGCUUUGAGGUGAUCCUGAGGUCUCCUUCAGACUUGUCCCCGGACAGUCCUCCUAUAUCCGCCUCCCUCCGGAAGAAGGAUGUCUCUCUGGAGGAACUGCAGAAGAGGCUGGAGGCAGCCGAGGAGAGGAGAAAGUCCCAGGAAGCUCAGGUGCUGAAACAGCUUGCCGAGAAGCGGGAGCACGAGAGAGACGUCUUGCACCGGGCAAUAGAAGACAAUAACAAUUUCAGCCGAAUGGCUGAGGAAAAACUCAACUACAAGAUGGAGCUCAGCAAGGAGAUCCGUGACGCACAUCUGGCCGCUCUCAGGGAGCGCCUCCGUGAAAAGGAGCAGCAUGCUGUUGAAGUCCGCAAGAACAAGGAGCAGCGAGAGGAAAUGUCCGGAUAAACGCUGCCACUGCCGCAAACCUUCCAAGUCGUCUCCUGGAAACAGCAAAGGAAACUGUUUUACGUACAUGUCAUCUGUCACUCCAUCACACAGCCCCUGCUCCCAUCCUCCCUUCCUACCUGUCACCUACAUGGCCCCGCUGCCCCGGGGUAAUGACCUCCAUACGAUAACGCCAUCUGGAUCGCACGACCGCAGAAUCUCCCAGAGGAGAACGCCCCUUGCAUAUCUUAUUUUUAAACCAUAUAAAAUACGAUGGUUCGACCA